CUGAGCCACGAGCAAACGAUCAGUCUGACGCCGCAUUACGCCGGACGCUAUCACGAAGGAGGCGAGUCGACGGAUUCUCUGCUCCAUUGCCAAGUGACGGUUGACAAGGCGACCGACGCCGGUUUCAUGCUGGCCGAGGAGAUGGGGGCCUCUUCGAGCCGGCAGGUCGCCACCAUUUCAGAGUUGCUAACUGGCCUCGUUGAAGCCGGUGACCGAGAGGCUCGUCAGGAGCGAGACGAGCCGAGCCCGACGCUGGGCUUGAACAGCGACGAGUCCAUCCGCCUCCAGCACAGACUGAACGGACUGGCCACCUCGACCUUCUCGUCUCUGGUCACACAAACCGAGCCGAGCCGCAGCACUCGACAGACUCGGUUGACGAGACCGGAGGACUCGGUGGCCGUUGACUCGGCCAAGACGUGUGCAUCUUUCGACACCAUCGCGACAAUCCGGCCG